ACUACAACACCCACGCAGUUCGAUCGGUCAUGGGCAGCCUGAAAGCGGCCGAUAUCAAGGCCGAGCUCCAGCAUUUCAGCAAACUGGUUCGGGGUCAUGUUGUCAUCGACGGCAAGGCCGUGGUCGAGACUAUUGAAACCAUUAAGGGUAUUCUCGAGUGCCUGCACGCGGAUGAAGUUGCUGAGAAUCCUGCCAACAAUCGUGCCUCUACCAUGAGCGCUAACCAGGCUUCGUACCAGCAGCAGAGCGAAAACGAGUACGACCUUAUCGAUCUCGACGAUGUCUACCCUCGGUCCGAACCUCGCCGCAUCUCCUCCACCAUCGAGCGGCAACUCGACGCUGGUCUUUCCCCACCAGUUUCGACCUGGGCGGACAUCUGUGCCCCAGUUGCCACCGAGAGGAUUAUCAAGAUUGGACAAAUCAUUCAGCCGCUUCAUAACCUUGCUCUUCGCUACGGUGCGGUCAAGCCCGGAGAUCGAAUUGACAUCCAGCUUUCGAUGCUGCUCUCCUUUGCCUCCCGACUUUGCCAAUUCAACCCCUCCACCGCGCGCGCGUUUCCUAGUUCGUCGAACUGAUCGCACGUCCUUCUUGAGACGGCGUACGGCACUUUCUUCACACAUUUGCUUAACUCUGGGAGGCAUGAGUUGCAUAGGGAGUGGCUAAGUCACUACGGUUCUGAGCCUUUUGGGAGAUUUUGGGUUGGGGUAGGAAACCCUUCUGGUUAGGG